UUUUAUUGUCCUGGGUAACUGUAGAUGGCAGGAGAGGAGGCUGUGAAGAAAGUCAACAGGCACCAUGCCAGCCGAAAUCCGGUGCUGGUACGCGGAAUUGGGAAGUAUUCCCGUUCUGUCAUGUAUGCCAGGAAAGCCCUCUACAAGCGCAAGUACAAGGCCCCAGAAACAAAGAUUGAAAAGAAGAAAAAGGAGAAGGCUCCAGCCACUGUAAAAAAGACAGUUGGAGGUGAUAAGAAUGGUGGCACACGUGUGACCAAGCUCCGCAAAAUGCCCCGUUACUAUCCAACUGAAGAUGUUCCACGCAAACUUCUGAGCCACGGAAAGAAACCUUUCAGUAAGCACAAGCGCAAUCUGCGCUCUUCAAUUACUCCUGGGACUGUGCUUAUCCUUCUAAACGGACGUCACCGAGGAAAGCGUGUGGUCUUCCUGAAGCAGCUUCAAUCUGGCCUUUUGCUGGUAACAGGACCACUGGCUGUCAACAGAGUGCCUCUGCGUAGGGCUCACCAAAAGUUUGUAAUUGCCACUUCCACCAAAGUUGAUAUCUCAACUGUUAAGAUUCCAAAGCAUUUGAAUGAUACUUACUUCAAGAAGAAGAGGCUGCGCAGACCCAAGCACCAGGAGGGAGAGAUUUUUGACACAGAGAAGGAAAAAUAUGCAGUCACACAACAGCGCAAAGCAGAUCAGAAAUUCGUGGACUCCCAGCUCCUGCCAUUGGUCAAGAAAGAGCCCCAGCUGCGUGGAUACCUGCACUCAGUAUUUUUCUUGUCAAAUGGAAUGUACCCUCACAAACUGGUCUUCUAAUCAGAUUCACAAAGACCUAUUAAAAUAUUGUAAAACUGUA